CCGUGUUUUGCAGUAUUCUGUCCCGAAAUACACACGCACGAGGAACACGCCUCUUAAAGAAAAAUGGAAUGACAGCGUUAAAUGCCUGUCUGAAAAGACAGAGAAAAGCAAAGAACACUCCCCGUCUGCUCGAUUUUUCUUCGCUUCCUUACCCUCUCGCUCUGUUCCCGUCUCGCUCCGUCAUUUUUUUUUUUUUAGAAAACAUGAAGGCGAAAAGAAGAGAAGAUUCCAGUGGGGACGAAUGUCAAGUGAAAGUUUAAAAGAAGCUUCCGUAAAGAGAAGCGUUCGUAAAGAGAGGGAAGAAAGGAAAAGCACCGGAACGGACAAGAGGAAGGAAGGAAGGAAAGAAUAAACUAAGUAUUAGUCUACAAAACUAUAAAGGAUAAAUAAAUAAACAGUAUAUUAACUCUUAAACUAAUCAGCUGCACAGCGCUUAAAGCUUUAGUAGGCUAACUCGUGGAGAUCUAUUAAUGUGCUGGUCUACUUUUAAAGAAGUGCACGCGGUACUUUGCAUUUUUGAGUUGCCCUAACCGAAGACUAGCAACUGUUCGCGAACGCUCCCCGGAAAGACCCAGAUCGUAGGCUAAGGACCCAGGCACCGACUUGGUCAGGACGCUGAAGCCGGAGGAGAGGCGUAGCCACCCGCCGUUAUUGGAAAAUGGCUGGGGCAAAGCCGGGGGUCCACGCUUUACAACUUAAACCGGUGUCCGUCCACGAGACCCUGAUAAAGGGCAACAAAUUCGUGAAAUGGGACGAAGAGGCGGCUCUUGUGACGUUGAGAGUGGAUCCUCAAGGGUUCUUCCUAUAUUGGACUGGGGCCAACAAGGAGGUGGACAUACUGGACAUCAGUCUGAUCAGGGACACCAGGACGGGGAAAUUUGCGAAACUGGCGAGGGACCCACGGGUGCGGGAUGUGGUGGGGGUCGGGAAGGGGGACGGGGGGUUCGUCGAGUCCCACAUGGUCACGGUGGUCUAUGGCUGUGACCUGGUCAACGUUUCCUUCCUCAACUUCCAGGCCCUGCAGGAGGACACUGCUAAGGUCUGGACGGAGGAGCUUUUUAAACUGGCCACAAACAUCCUGUCCCAGAAUGCCUCCCGCGUCACCUUCCUUCUGAAAGCAUACACCAAGUUGAAGCUGCAGCUGGUUCAAGACAAAAUUCCAGUGAAGAAUUUCCUGAAGAUGUUCUCUGAUAAGAAGCGUGUGGAGACAGCCUUGGAACAGUGUGGCCUAAUCACCAAUAAGGCCGAGGUGGUCAAGCCGGAAGACCUGACCUGGGAGAAGUUCCAGACCUUUCUCACCACCCUGUGUCUGAGGCCCGAGAUCGAGCGCAUCUUUGUGGAGCUCGGGUCCAAGGGGAAGCCCUUCCUGUCUCUGGAUCAGAUGCUGGACUUCCUCAACCGGCGCCAGCGAGACUCGCGGCUGAACGAGGUGCUGUACCCGCCGCUGAAGAAGGACCAGGUGCGCCAGCUGAUGGAGCACUACGAGCCCAACGCCGCCCCGCUGGAGAGAGACCAGAUCCCUCUGUUGUGCUUCAGUCGGUAUCUGGAAGGAGAGGACAACUCCAUCGUUCCCCCAGAGAGGCUGGAUAUCAUUGAUGACAUGACCCAGCCCCUCUCACACUACUUCAUCAACUCCUCACACAACACGUACCUCACAGUGGGGCAGUUGACAGGGCUGUCGUCGGUGGAGAUGUACAGGCAGGUGCUGCUGACGGGCUGCCGCUGCAUAGAGCUGGACUGCUGGAAGGGCCGCCCCCCGGAGGAGGAGCCCUACAUCACCCACGGCUUCACCAUGACGACGGAAAUCCCCUUCAAGGAGGUGAUCGAGGCCAUCGCGGAGAGCGCCUUCAAGACUUCGCCGUACCCUCUCAUCCUCUCCUUCGAGAACCACGUGGACUCUGCCAAGCAGCAGGCAAAGAUGGCGGAAUACUGCCGCACCAUAUUUGGAGAUGCCCUGCUCAUUGAGCCUUUGGAGAAGUUCCCACUGGUGCCAGGCCACCCUCUGCCCUCGCCUCAGGACCUGCUGGGCAAGAUCCUCAUUAAGAACAAGAAGAAGCAUCAGCACCGGGCGUCCGGCGCGGGCAGUGCCAGGCGCAGGACGGUCGACGGGGGCGACACCGCUGAGCACGCCUCCCCGAAUAACGAUUGCCCACUGAAUGAUGGGGAGAUGGGCCAGGUGAUGUCUAAUGGGGAGGAUAAGCUGACGGAAAGGAUGUUCAAAGAUGGACCUCGCAAGUCUAUCGAUCGAGGGGAUGGUGAGAGCGAGGAUGAGGAAGAGGAAGAGCCAGUGACAGAACCCAAGAAGCCCAACAGUGAUGAGGGCACAGCUAGCAGUGAGGUGAACGCCACUGAGGAGAUGUCCUACCUGGUGAACUACGUUGAGCCCGUCAAAUUCAAGAGCUUCGAGGUGUCCCGCAAGAGGAACAAGUACUAUGAGAUGUCCUCUUUAGUAGAAACGAAAGGCAUGGACAUUCUGAAAGGUUCCCCCAUCGAGUUUGUGGAAUACAAUAAGAAGCAGUUGAGUCGUAUUUACCCCAGGGGCACCAGGGUGGAUUCUUCAAACUACAUGCCCCAGAUCUUCUGGAAUGUUGGCUGUCAGAUGGUGGCGCUGAACUUCCAAACCCUUGACCUGCCGAUGCAGCUCAAUAUGGGCGUGUUUGAGUACAACGGCCACAGCGGCUACCUCCUCAAGCCGGAGUUCAUGAGACGCACAGACAAACACUUUGACCCCUUCACCGAGAACAUUGUGGAUGGCAUCGUUGCCAACACAAUCAAGAUCAAGGUGAUCUCGGGCCAGUUUCUCAGCGAUAAGAAGGUGGGGGUGUAUGUGGAAGUGGACAUGUUUGGUCUGCCUGUUGACACCAAGAGGAAAUUCCGCACCAAGACCUCUGCCAACAACUCGCUGGACCCCGUGUGGGACGACGAGACCUGCGUCUUCAACAAGGUGGUGCUGCCGACUCUGGCCUCCCUGAGAGUGGCCGUGUUUGAAGAAAACGGCAAAUUCAUCGGCCAUCGCAUCCUGCCCGUCUCCGCCAUCCGACCAGGUUAUCACUACAUCUGCCUGAAGAAUGAGCUGAACCAGCCCCUCUUGCUGCCCUCCCUGCUGGUGUACACGGAGGUCCAGGACUACAUCCCCAACGAGCACCAGGAGUGUGUUGAGGCCCUGAUUAACCCUAUCAAACACCUGGACCAGAGAGAGAGGCAGCUGGCUGCACUAAUGGAGGACAACAACGAGCGUGUGCAGGAGAAGCCAGAAGAAAAGGAGAAAACGGAUGUGUACCCACAAUCUGACAGAGAUUUUUCGCUGCCCACCCCCCCACUCCCUGUGCCUGUCCCUGAUGUUCUCAGCCCCCCAGGACCGGGACUGAAAGAAGACCUGAUUGCGGCAGUAUUAGCAGACAUCCAGCCUCAGUCGAUAGAGGAGCUCAAACAGCAGAAGGCCUACCUGAAGCUGCUGAAGAAACAGUGCAAGGAGCUGAAGGAGCUCCGUAAGAAGCACCUGAGGAAGAUCUGGUCCAUGAGCAAAGAGCAGCGCAGCCACAGCAGCCAGCUGCACUCGGACACGCAGAGGAGACGCAGCCAGAUGGAGAAGAAACUCAAGAGCAGCCUCAAGAAGAACGAGCCCCAGGAGCCGAUGCAGAAGCAGCUGUCUGCGCUGGACGUGGAGCUGGAGAAGCAGACGGUGAAGCUCAGAGAGUGGCAGAUGCAGGAGCUGCUGAAGCUCAGGCAGUCACAGCACCAGCUAGAGAGAGAGAAGAAGAAGGCGCACCUGAAAGAGUCCUCCCAGAAGCUGCAGGAGACGGCACAGGAGUGUCAGCAGGCCCAGCUGAAGAAACUCAAGGACAUCUGUGAGAAGGAGAAGAAGGAACUGCAGAAGAUGCUGGACAGGAAACGGCACAACAGCAUCAGCGAGGCCAAGAACAGGGAGCGGGAGAAGGUCGAGGCGGAGCUGAAUGAGAUCAACAGGAAGCACAUUGCCGAGUCGGUCUCCUCCAUUCGCAAACUGGAGGUGGCUCAGAAGCAGAGGCAGGAGAAGCUGGCCGUGCGGCACCACGAGAUCCUGCAGCGCAUCGAGGAAGAUCUUCCACUGCUGCAGUCCCAGCUGGAGAAAGACAUGGACGCUGAGCUGCAGAGCCUUCCGGAGGAAAUCCGCCAGUACCUGCAGGGGGAGCUGGAGAGCAAGGGGCUGCGAAAUGAUGCCCUCCUCAGCUCGUUGUCCAAUAAUGACAGCCCCAGCUCCGGGCCUCCCUCCAACAGCAGCACGCCCCCAUUCCACUCACCCAAUCGCAGCUGGCUCGGGGGCGGGAGCCUGGACAAUAGCACCGCCUCAUUGGUGGAUUCUUCCUCCUCUAGCACGCCAGUCAUGUCGGAGGCAGAGCUUACAUCAGCAUAGCUCACCCUCAGAAAAUCGCCUCCACCCCACUGGAUUAUUACUAGAAAUAAUAUUGCUUUCAUUUUGUUUUAAUGUUACUUUUGUCCAUUUGUUAUUUCAUUAUUUUUUUAUGCUUUUUAAUUUGAUACCAUCCAUCCUGGUUAUCAGGGUAUGCUUUUGCUAUUGUUUUACAAACAGUUCCUUUUUGUCCGCAGUUUUACCAAAGCCGCUUGAUCUUUUACAACUAUCGGGUUAUAGGGAUCUUUUAUUUAGUUUUAGCUUGUGGGCAUGAAGGGGAAAUUCUGUUCCUUAGUUGGAUUUAUUUAUUUACAUUGUAAUUGCACCAUCUGUGCUUAAGUUGUAGUAAUAUUGUGAGUCCACCAGGUGGAGACAUUGUCAGGAGUAAUAACUUGCAUACGCGUAAGUGUGAGAAUGUGCUGUGUGGCACUAUGCUCGUACUGGUGAAAGGGCUUGUUUACAUAAUGAACUAUUCCCCAGAGCUUGCCCCACAGGACAAUAAAAUCCCGAGCUUAUCACCAAUCAGCUUUAUUGCUACGGACAGGGAAGUAAUGAUACUGAUGGAAAAGUAUCCUCAGUAAUUGUAAUUAUCACUGUCACUGGAGCUGCUGGUGGGGCUGAGGAGAAUGGGCUGGAAGGCCCAAGAUGUGCGGAGCCUGCCUUCUGCCCUGUUGGGUUAAUGUGUGAGAGGAUGAGGCAAGAGCCUCAGGUACAGUGUGCAGGAAACUGUGUAUGCUUCUGCGUCUGUGUGUGCGCGUGCGUGCACGUGUGUGUGUGUGCGUGCAUGUGUGUGUGCGUGCAUGUGCGCGUGCAUGUGUGUGUGCAUGUGCACGUGUGUGUAGGUGUGUGUGCAUGUGCAUGUAUAUGCAGGCAUGUUUGUUUGUGUGUGCGCGUGCAUGCGUACAUGCGUGUGUGUGUGUGUGUGCAUGUGCAUGUGCACGUGUUUAUAAUGGAUAUGUGAUUUGAAUCUCAGAUCAGCCCACAGUCAGCUUGAAAUUUUUUAUUAUGCAGUAAUAUAAGACUGCUGUCCUUAGUGUGUUCAGUCUGUGAGGGGAUUUAAUUUAAUCCGAACUCGCCGUGUAAUUGGUAUGGUGGCCAAAGACCCUGCCCCCACACCGCCUUGGCAGGAUUGUGGCUUUCUAGGAGUCAGCUCCCCCCCCCCCAAUAACCUCAUCCCCGUAGAAGAGGAUUGGGUGAAAAUCAGAGCCCUUUCUUUGAUAUUAAAUCUCCCCCUCACCUCAUGGUAUCUGAUCCCCUGCUUCAAACUGUUGGGUAAAACGAAGCAGAGAAUCGUGUUUUCCCUUGUAGCGUUUUGGUAUAUUAGGGGGGGUUUUUAUUUAUUUUAUUUUUUUGUCUUAAUCUCCAGAAGGAGAUUGGCUUUAAUCACUUUUUUGGCUUCUAAUCAUUACUCAUCUCCUCCCCUUGUGGCUGUUAAAGCCAUUACAGAAGAGGGGUUAAGCCCAAUCUUAUACUCAUUUAUUCAUUAUGUCCCAGUUAGUCUUGUUUCAGUGAGUAUGGUUCCCUUUACUGGGGCGGCCUCUCUCAGUGGUGCCCAUUGUGUAAAUCAAAAUGUACAGUGCAGAAACUGAGAUGUUUAAACUCAUGGAAACGGAGGUAGUGCUUUGUGGGCGGGGACUUCGUUUUCAACUCGCCCUCAGGUAAACACAUAAAUGUUGGCGACCUACUGUAUGCAUUAAAAGGACAGGACACGGUCCUUCUGCCCCCGAUUCCCAGAGAUGACCCGUGCUAGCGUGGAUCUGCCACACAUCCUUGGAUAGCGACGGAAACCGCGCAUUACUGUACAAAAAGCGAAGAGCAUAUUUGUACGCACGCGCGAGUGUGUGUGUGUGUGAGUGUGGGCGUGCAAGUGCGUGCGUGUUGAUGAAAGUGAACGGUACCUGUCUGAAUUUGUACGGUUGCUGUGCUCUGAUGUCAUUUCCAACUUCCUGUGGUUUUGUUUUGUUCUGUCCGUGUCCUUUUGUGUGUUUUCGAGCCCAGGGAUUGUUGUAUGAUGUGCAUUUGGGUUUCGAUCAUUAGCGAGGGGUGGACCAUUUUCAUUUCUGUGGUCAUUUUGUAUGUUUUAUAUGUUUUUAUUUUUUAUUUUAGAUUUACACAGUUUUUACUACUGACUAAUGGUGCAGAAGAGACGGGAGCCUGGCAGAGUUGGGCAGCUGUGUGUUUGGGGGUGGCGGUUGAGUUGAAGCGUCUCUGAGAUGCACAGGAUGUUAAUGGCCUCAAAGGUUACGCACACACACACGCACACGCAAGCACGUACCCACGCGCGCCCACACACACACACACACAGACACCCUCCUCUCAGAUCCCCCUCGCCUGACACCUGCUGCCUGUCUGUCAUUUUACUAUGUUGGGGGGAAAAAAAAUUAACAGUAACAGUUCUCUAUAUAUUUAAACAUUUUAACAUUUUUACAUUAAUUUUAAAACGAUUUUUUUUUUUGCCCAUCUGCCUAGAGUACAGAUUUCAGUUGAUCGUGGUAAUCUGGUUGUGUGCUGGAUAAAUACCCUUUUCCCCUGGCGCAUGUAUUCAUCGUAUAGAUGUUCUCUGUAAUGCCUAAUUUAAGGCAGCAGGGUGGUUUCGAGGCUUACGCGAUUUGGUUCUGGUUUUGGGAGAGUGCCUAGCAUAACGCUGUACAUGCACUGCCAUAUGCUGUCAGGUUAUUCCAGAAGCAGCCAGUGUACAUACGAAGCUCUAUAUUUAGAGUGUGUUAUCAUGGCUAGAUUAGUGUGUUGCUUGUUUGUAACUGAGGGUUUUUUUUUUUUUAAAUAUGGAAUGUCUCAGUUGUGCCAGCGUUACAGGAACUAUUAUCCAAAUUUGUUUCCUUAAAAACCAUGGGAUGAGAUGUGAGGGAAUGCUCUUCUGCUGUAGUUGAUGUGUUUGGUCUAACUCCCAACCUGUGUCAUGUGUACGUUUAUGUACCUGUGUGUCUGCAUUUUUUGUAUUCACGCACUCGCACUCAAACGUGUAGGUGUUUUGUAUGUGUCGUAUGAACUGUUAAGAGAAUAUUUUUCAAAGGUAUUGCACUUUUAUUUCCAUUUUUAUUCCUUUCUCUCUUUGCAUACCAUGUCAAGCCCAGGCUUAGCGAUGUAACUUCCUGUUUAGUUUAACCGGUAGCAGGAUGCGGAGCCCGCUAUACUGCGUUAGCGCCGUUCAGCAUGCUGAAUCAGGAACUUCCUGCCCCGGCCUGUGAUGAAUGUUCUGGUAAAGGACUGUGGCAGAGGAACGUUUAGCCGAACCGUUUCAUUCUGAGAGGGUGCAACCUUCCCCCCCACAUUCAUCACGGCACCCUAACAGCCAAGUGUAAGUGGGAUCAUUGUGCAAGGCCAUUACCACUGAGGUAGAUUUGUACUGCUAUACGUGUGUGUAUAUAAUGUCUGUGGGUAGGGUUAGGGUUUAUCUCCCGUAGACCCAGUUUGAAGAGUACGGCUGCACAAAGCUCGUGGUACAAGUGGAUGAAGUGAUUUCCUUUUCACUUCGAGCAGUGGUGUAUAUUUACAGGGUUAGACUGGGUUCAUUACGAUGUGCUUAUCACUACCUCUUCACAUUCCCUAUAAUUGCUUGCUACACGAAAGCUUUUGCUUAGUGCUGGUCACCAUGUAGUCAAGUUUUAGGUGGCUUUGGAAUGGCUAGAACUUGUUGAGCAACAAAAUGGAAGUAUUCUUGUUUCAAAAUGACUUUUAGAAAUGACUAAUGACGAUAGACAAUUUCCAGCUGGCACAAAAAAUAGAAGCCAGUGAGCUUUCAUUGCUGUUCCUCAGCAGCGCCCGUUUGCUUUGCUUUAUCACAGGCGCAGUGCCACAGGAAUCUGACGAGUUUCUUUCAGGCAAGCACCUGGUCUGUCUCACCUCUGCUUCCUGCGCUGCCUCGCAGUGACUGUGACCCGCUCCAUUCUGCCAUUUAUGCCUGGCCCAGUCUCAUUUUACACCUGUCCCUCUGAAAGAAACCUUGGUAUGUUAACACUGUAUGUAGAAAUCACUCGUACAUCUUAGCGAAAGGGAAUGGAUAUCGUUCAGGAUGUAAUUUUUAUUGUCUUGAUAAAUAAUAUAACUGUACAUUCAAUAAAUACUAAAAUUGUUUGGA